GUGGACGGAACGUGGCAGACUAAAUCAUAUGUAUACACAUCAGAAUCUGUGAUGGUGUCACCGCAUUAUUAUCAUUCCGACAAAAUUAUUCCCGUGUUCCAUUUGACAACGUGUUGUAAGCGUUUAUCGUUCUCGGUUCAGUGAAACAUCCUUCGCGAACUGCUACCCCUUCGAAAAUGAACUUCUUGUGUGUUGUCAAGAUAUUUCAUAACCAGGAAUACAAUGCGACUGACAAAUUGAUUCAAACAGAGAUUAAAUGCUAAAUCUCAUCCUCGCUGAAUCCACGUCUUCAACAUUUGGACAUUUCGCGAAAAUGCAAGCGACCUUGGAUGCAGUAUGGCUUCAGUAUUCUGGUACGCCUUUGGGAGUAGUUUCGUUUCACUUGCCUUCAUCUUCCUCCUAUUACUCUGUCCGUUUACUACUAAGGGGUGUGACCAAAGGUUUAUAAGCAUCCCUGAUGGACCACAAAAUGGAACGUUUCAUGCACCGAAUAUGACAAAUUCCAAUAGAGACACGAGGCAAUGUGUUUAUACAUUUUUCGCAGGACCACAACAAAGAGUGGAACUUGUUUUUGAUACUUUUGGUCUUCGAGGCAAGCCACCAGAUGGAGCUGCUGUUGGAGAGAUACCCGCUUGUGUUCACGAAUACAUGGAUGUAUACACAGAAAUACGAUCGGAUAAUGCGAGUAAGUUGAUAGAUACUCCUUUUGGAGGGCGAUAUUGCGGCCCGGUUCCACCCAGGAAGAGAGUUUCUCUGUACCAGGGAAUAGUACUUAGCUUCUAUACAGAUAAGAAUUUCACUUUGCCUACUCUCUUCAGCGGCUGGUAUUCAUUCAUAAACGCCAGUGAGUAUGAAAUUGGAACUCCUGUGCCUAGUCUACCAUGUUCUUUUAUAAUAAAUGCAACUCUAAAGCGCACCGGAAAUAUUUUGUCUCCCACGUAUCCGGGAACGUAUCCAAAAGAUCUCAUUUGUACUUAUCAGUUUAUGGGGAAAAUUGGACAAAGAGUGCGUUUAGAAUUUCGUGAUUUCGACCUUUUCUUUGGAGGUCUUCACUGCCCUUUUGACUACGUAAAAGUGUAUGAUGGCUUAAAUAAUUCGUCACCAGUGAUAGGAACCUAUUGUGGACAACAGAGAAAUUUAGUUUUAUAUUCCUCAGAGUCUGUUUUAUUUGUUGUAUUCUACACACUUCAAAGAACAGCAAAUACACAAAAUCGAGGAUUUAAAGGGAUAUUUGAAUUUUCAGAAAGUUUUGUAAAAUUAGAUUUCAUACUUAGUUUUGAGGGGCAACACAUUCGAGGCACAGAGUGCGACCAAAAGAUUUUAAGUAGAAAGGAAUCUUCAGGGUAUGUCGUCAGUCCCAAUCACCCAUUUCCCUACAUUCAGAAAGUAGUAUGUCGAUAUUUCAUCUAUGGAAUGCAGGAUUUUCAACACUUAGAGAGAGUGCGAUUAGAAUUUUCUGCAUUUUCCAUGCCUAAGGGUAAUACGUCUAAGAGCGAUGCAGCAUGUCCAGACGGAUAUUUGAAAAUAUAUUUAAAAGGUCAGGAGGCAACUGACUCGUACGAUAAAUUUGAUCAUGAGUUAUGCGGAAUGCAUACUGUUCCUCCAAUUGUGGUUAGUGAUGGCCCGCGACUAGUCAUGGUAUUCAGCAGCGGAGAAUCGCAAGGAAUAGGCUUCAAAGCAAAGUAUACAUUUGAAACGGAGUAUAAGAUACCUGGAACAGCAGCACCUGACGGCAGUUGUACAUUCACGUACCGGAGUUCUUCACGUAAAAAAGGAGAGUUCAAUUCCCCGCGGUAUCCUAGUAAUUAUCCAAGUGAUACAAAUUGCACUUACAAUUUCCUGGCAACUCCAAACGAACAAGUGACGUUGAUUUUCGAUCAUUUUAAAGUCAAAGCGAAAAACGUGAAUAUAACUGUUGGACAUUACGGACUAGAACUUUGUCAAGACGAUUGGGUGGAGGUUUACAACAUGUAUCAAGAUCGCACUGAAAAAUUAAUAGGAAGAUAUUGUGGAUUAACGGCACCUGGACCAGUGGAAUCAAAUCUUGGCGCACUAGGACUGAAAGUAAUUCUCCACUCUGAUUCUGAACUCGUGUACAGCGGUUUUAAAGCCCGAUAUAUUUUUGAAAAUACCAAAUCGAUUUUUGGAGAUUGUGGAACAAAUAUCAGUAGUUUGGAUUUCGGAGUAAUUACAAGUCCCAAUUUUCCAAAUAAUUAUGAUGGUCCUGCAAAAAAUCUAGCGAGUAAAACAUGUAAUUGGUUUAUAAGAGUUAGACCAAAUCAUCAAAUACUUUUGAAUUUUGAGCUUUUCUCUGUGGAAGGAGAGCAACUGACCCGAGGUUGUCCUGCUGCAGUGUUACGCAUGUGGUUUUCCAUUUUAAAUCCACCACUCGAAGUAUGUGGUGUUAAGGCUCCCGAAGACGAUUGGAGUUACCUCUCGGACAACAAUAACAUGCGAUUAAGUUUUAUAGCGGCAGCGAAAGCAGUUGGUCAGAACGGAUUUCGAGCAGUGUGGACGGAGGUGAUAAUGGACACCGAUUGCCAAGAUCAAUUCCUUUGCAGUAAAAACAAGUACUGUAUUUCUUCAUCCCUACGGUGCAAUGGCAUUGAUAAUUGCGGACACGCGGACAUGUCGGACGAAGAAAACUGUCACGUGGAGGUUCCCGAGGACAACUACGCGAUUCCAGCGGGCUGUGCUGUCAUUGCCGUCCUAGUAGCUCUGUCAAUUUGCUUUCUGUGCCAUCGAAAGUUGAAGAGGCGCGUGCCGGAAGUGUCCAUCGACGAUUUGCAGCAGCGAGUCGAGGACAGACAUCAGUGCUACCAUCACCACAACCUCCUGCGCCAUUACCAGACUCAGAGUCACAGUCACAAUUUUAAUCAGUACCAAAUUCAGGAGCCGAGCCCACCCAGCGAGAGCGAAGCGGAACAGGAGCACGUGUGCGGCGACGAUGCGAGCAGUCCCGACAGCGUGUGACCGUGGAUGCUUGCAACGUGGUACAAAACUCUGCGUCCCUUGCACUCUCCCACGUUGCUUCCUGGACUCUUUCUUCUCUGCAAUUUGUUGUUGUUGUUAUUUUUGUCGCUGCCCGAUGGAAGCACUCUCACCCACCGUCAUAUUCGUCAACGAAAUUUACCCCAAAUCACCCAAUAAACUCAAAUCAACUCAAAUCAACUCAAAUUCUUUUACAAAUACUCAUCCAAAAUGGGGUGAAUAGAGACUGAACAAAAUGUUUUAAUGAAAAGUCCGUCAAAUCUACUAUUAACUUUCAAUAUCAUCUUCUGUUUGAAGAAUAAUUAAUAAAAUAAUAGUUCUUCUGCAGACUGACACCCAAAUAGUUUUCUUUUUUACAAGAAGAAAUAAAAAUUAUAUUUUUUCUUUAAUUAAUGCUUCCAAUGAAUACAUUCAGGAAGGUUAAAAAUAUUGUAAUUAACACGAGAAAAAACAUUAUUCCUCAAAUUUUUAUUCAACU